AGUCUCGUGUUGGUGUUUGGAGAUUCGACUUCGAGAGAGUAGGAACGGGGCUAUAGCCUCAGUGUGGGUUGUCGUGGAUUCAUAGUGUAGGAACUGAGCGCGGCUCUCUUUACAGUUGGUUUCUGAUGGUUUUGGGAUUCAUGUACUUUGGUUAGUUGGUGUGAGUGGAGGCAAGGUGUAGGAGAAGAGCUGCACCCUCAACAGUGAGGGUUGUGUGGAUUCAGAAAAGAACUCUCAAAAUUUGAAGCCUUAAUAGUGGUGCUUCAUGGGGUUGGGUAAGAGAAUGGAGAGUUGUGGUGGCUAAGGUAGAUAUAUGUGCAGGCUUGGACCCCCACCCGGACUACAACGCUAAGGGUGGGAGAUAAAAGCUCACACGAGUAUAGAGUAUAGAGAUCGCAAAACAGGAGGUCCAACAGGGACAGACACUGUGAGUGGCAGGAAAGCAGCGCGAUUGUACACUUGUGCUUAUCACAAACCGAAUGCGAGACGUUCAGUGCCAGUGGCAGGGAGCGCUAAAUGGUAAUUAGAUAGCUUAAGACACUGACACAACGACCACUUUGUCCAACCACCGGUGUCUACAACUAGGGCAGCGUGCGCGUAGUACGACAAUGCGAGACCGCGCCGUGCUCCUUUCUAAGGAGCCCCGCUUGUGGAGCAUGGCUCCACAGGCUCCUGUCUUAUACUGCAACGGAUAUCCAAUGUUCACAAACACAUUAUAAUCUGAGUUUCUAGUCGUGGUUUGGUUCAACUACGGAAGUUCUAUCC